AUGGCAUUCAUGGCUCCCCGCCCACAUGGCGGCUCUCUCGACGUAGCACUCCUGCGAAGCAAACUCGAAGCCCAUCGAAGACAAACAGAGCUCGCAGUCGCAGAGCGAGAGAGGAGCUACGCGGUCAAAAAAGGCUUCUACCUCCCCAGAACGGCCGCGGCACACUUCACCAUCACCACCACCCCAGCUCCAUCACAACCUUACGAGCCGCAAAGACGUUCCUCACUCCCAGUCCUACCCACAACAACAAAACACCACAGCCUCACAGCCUCAAAUCUACAAACCGUCCCAACGGAAACAAAAAUCGAACCACGUCUCCAUCAGAUUGAUUCCGCGCAGACAAGCCCUCCCCAAACUUCCUCAGGCCUUCCAAGCCCUCCCCCUAAAGAAACAACCACAGCAGCAACAACCACAGCAGCAGCAACAACAACAGCAGCAGCAGCACCACCUCCAUUCUUCCCUUUCACCCGCCCCUCAAACACAACCCUCCACAUGCAAUCCCUCCGCCCCUCAUCCUUCCACCCAGGAAUCGGAAUGCACGACCUCCCCUCGACAGCCACAGAAGAUCGCCGCUCAACAGCAGCAGGAGGUUUCUUCAUCGAAACGGAAAUAGAGCGACGGAAUUCCGAAACUCCAGUUACCACCACCACCACCAACAACGAAAUGAUACAACACGGUCGAAGAUUCGAAGUUUUACAACGAUACAACAACAACAAUACCAACAACAACAACAACAACACCACCACCAAUCGUCGUACAAAUUGGACACAACAUUCCCAAAAUGGAGAAGUAGACAGCGUGACAUUUUUCCAUCAUUCAUCUUCAGCAGCACGCAUGUCAGCACCACCUCCAGCAUCUGCCAUGAAGAAGCAGCGAUUCAUCCUUGCACAGGAGGAACAACAACAACAACAACAACCACACCCUGAUCAUCUCACAAUAGCAGAUGCCCUCAAAAUGACGAUUGAAAGUCCGCAAAAGACAAGUCGGAAACGAAACAUUCGAGGCUUCUUCAAGAAGAGAUAG